AUGUCAUAUCAAUUGUAUAGAAAUACCACGAUCGGAAAUACUCUACAAGAAAGCCUUGACGAAUUGAUACAGUAUGGACAAAUAACGCCAGCGUUAGCAGUGAGAGUUUUGUUGCAAUUCGAUAAGUCGAUCAACCAGGCGCUAUCUAACAGGGUGAAGUCAAGACUUACCUUCAAAGCAGGAAAAUUAAAUACGUACAGGUUUUGUGAUAAUGUAUGGACAUUCAUGUUGAACGAUGUAGAAUUUCGGGAAGUACAAGAGGUUGCAAAAGUAGAUAAAGUCAAAAUUGUAGCAUGUGAUGGCAAAAAUGUUGAAGACCGAAAGUAA